AUGGCCAAGUAUGUCACCUUGGCUAUCUCCGCUGCGGCCCUAGCUAGGGCCGCCAGUCUGGAAGACAUUUGUACCCCGGCCUACGCCAAAGCAGCGGUCCCCUCGACCGGUUUGGUACAGGGAAUUGUCACCAACCCCUCCAGCAUCACCGCAGCUCCCGUCUACAAUGCAUCCACCGCCGGAUCUAACUACUAUCCUGCCGGUACCUACGACUACUGCAACAUCACGAUGACCUACUCUCACGCGGGCAAGGAUGAUGAAGUUCUACUGCAGUUCUGGAUGCCCACCCCUGGGGACUUCAAGAACCGCUGGGUCUCGACUGGUGGCUUCGGAUUUGCCAUCAAUGUCGCUACCAACGUCGCCGCUGGUCUGCCCUACGGUGCCGUCGCCGGCCGCACCGAUGGAGGAUUCGGCAGCUUCGACACCCAAUUCUCCUCUGUCUACCCCCUCGUCAACGGCACCGCCAACUACGAUGCCCUCUACAUGUUCGGCUACCAGGCCCACCACGAGAUGUCCUCCAUCGGCAAGGCUUUCACCAAGAACUUCUACAACAUGACCGAUAAGCUCUACGCCUACUACCAGGGCUGCUCCGAGGGUGGUCGCGAGGGAUGGAGUCAGGUCCAGCGCUUCCCCGAGGAAUGGAGCGGUGCCGUGAUCGGCGCCCCGGCCAUCCGCUACGGCCAGCAACAAGUCAACCACCUCGUGCCCCAGGUCGUUGAGCAGACUCUCGGCUACUACCCCCCCAACUGCGAGCUCUCUGAGAUCGUCUCCCUCAUCAUCGACGGAUGCGAUGCUCUGGACGGACGCAAAGAUGGUGUCAUCGGACGCAGUGAUCUCUGCAAGUUGCAUUUCGACCUCACCUCGACCGUCGGCAAGCCCUACUCGUGCGCUGCCAGCACCAGCAUGGGCGUCACGACCCCCGCCCAGAACGGCACUAUCACCGCCGAGGGCGUGCGCGUGGCGCAGACGAUCCUGGACGGACUGAAGGACUCGGAGGGCCGCCAGGCGUACUUCUGGUACCAGAUCGGCUCCGACUUCACCGACGCGGAGACCAGCUAUGACUCCACCACCAAGACAUACGGCAUCGACGUCUCCGAGCUGGGUGGCGAGUGGGUCACCCACGGCCUGCAGCUGCUGGACCUCGACAAUUUGUCCAACCUCGACAACGUGACCUACGACGUGCUCCGCGACUGGAUGCUGGAGGGUCUGCAGCGCUACGAGGAUGUUCUGCAGACGACCUGGCCGGACCUGUCGCGCUUCCAGGCCGCCGGUGGCAAGGUUCUGCACUACCACGGCGAGUCGGACAACUCGGUCCCCGCCGCCUCGUCGAUCCGCUACUUCGAGUCGGUGCGCAACACCAUGUUCUCCAACGCCACCUACAGCUACGAGGAGUCCAUCAAGGCGAUCAACGAGUUCUACCGCCUGUACUUGGUGCCCGGCGCCUCCCACUGCAACACCAACUCCCUGCAGCCCAACGGUCCCUACCCGCAGGACUCGCUGAACGACCUCAUGAAGUGGGUCGAGCAGGGCAUCGACCCGGUCACCCUCAACGGUACUGUUCUGUCGGGUGACUACGCUGGCGAGCACCAGGAUAUCUGCUCGUGGCCCCUACGUCCCCUGUGGAAGAACAACGGCACCACCAUGGAGUGUGUCGAGGAUAAGGCGGCGAUCCAGACUUUCCUGUACGAGCUGGACGCCUACAACAUCACCAUCUACUAG